AGGUUGUUUCAUGAUCAAGAAAAUUUAAUAAAGCAAAGACUGAAAGGCGACUUCACCAAGAAGAAAAAGUAUCCGUGUUUAACAAAUUCCAAACAAGAAAGAGACUCCGUGCUACUCGACUCCAAAGAUCCAGAGCACAAAUGAAACUCAUUUCGUCAUGCGUCGCACUCCUGGUGUUCAUACACGUCGCAGGGGCAUGGCGCCGCCGGCGUCGACGUAACCCACCCCCGCCGACACCACCACGAAAUUGUGUACCAGGAUCAUGGUCAGGGUGGAGCGGGUGUAGCCACCGAUGUGGUAAUGCGGGCAUCCAGACACGAAGUAGGGGGAAAAGUGUGACUGAGUGCUGUGGGGGAAAAUGUACAUAUCAAUUUUCGGAGACCAGGACGUGUAACAGAAACGCGUGUCGUAAUGGAGGGAGACCUACCAGUGGACGGUGCAACUGUAACGCGGGGUGGACGGGGACUUGCUGUGAGAGGGGUAGGUAGAAACUUAACAGAAAAUUGGUAAAAACUUUUAUAAAUAUAAUUGGUGCCAUCAUGACCACCGUGUUAUUAGCAGUGAUACCAACGUAACCACCACUAUCAUCACCAUAUCAUCAUCAUUAUCAAUACCAUCAUCACCACCACACCAUUCUAACAACCAUUGUCUCACCAUAUUACCAUCAUCGUGACCAUUACUAUUAUCAUCACCACCAUCGCCAUUAUCACGACAGUCAUAAUUUCUUCAGCAUUACAUUUAUCAUUACAUUAUAGGGAUGUGCCGGAUCCGGAUACCGGUAUCCGGUAAAAUUUAGACAUCCGGCACUAUCUGGUAUCCGGUAUAAAUUUGUCGGAUAUUUACCUGAUAGUACUGUAAGAUAUUUUGUUACAACCAUGAAACGGAAAGGUUUACUUGGCGUUUACAAAUUGUGAAACACGAACAAUUAUUGAGCGUGCGCUGCAUUACGACGAAAUUAUGACAUAUUUUUUUCGUGAUGGUGAUGCGAACUGCUCGUUCGCCAAUAGCAGUGAAUUUUAUAUACUGAAUACCAGUAAACAAUGUAAGGUGAAUCAUAAGAUAUGGCCUUGGUAAAGACAAAUAGGUCAAAGAGACAAAAAAUGUGUAUUAAACACAUUGCUACAUUGGACUAGUUAACUAAGCUAUAAAAAUGUUGUGUUUCUAAUAGAUUAUUUUUACUUAAACAUUAUUUAGAAACAUUUACCCCAAGAGCUUAUCUGGUUAUUAUCCGGUAUCCGGUCAUCAUUUUCUCCUGACCGGUAUCCGUUAGACUACUAUCCGGUACUAUCCGGUAUCCGGCAAAACAGUAUCCGGCACAUCCCUAUUACAUUAUUAUUUUAUCACUAUGACCAUCAUCGCCAUAUUAUUAUCAUCAAUAUCAUUCUCGUACAAUUAUUACCACAAUCAACGCCACCUCCAUCACCAUCUUCAUGGUAUACCACCACUAUUUUUAUUACCGGCACCACCAUCAUCACUACCAUCACUAUCACCAUCUUUAUUACCACCACCGUCAUCAUCACAAUCAUCAUCGUCGUCAUCACCAUCAUCACCAUCUUUAUUACCACCACCACUAUCAUUAUCACCAUCACCGCGAUCAUCAAUUCCAUCAUUACCAUAAUCACAACCACCAACACCAUCUUUAUUACUGCCACCGUCACCAUCAGCUCCAUCAUUACCAUAAUCACCACUACCACCAUCAUCAUCACCACCAUCAUCUUUAUAACCACCAACAUCAUCUUCAUCACCAUCAGUAUCAUCGCAAUCAUCAACUCCAUCAUUACCAUAAUCAAAUCACCAUCAUCAUAACAACCACCUAAUAUUUACCCAUAACAUUUCAGAUGUUAACGAAUGCCUGCAAAGACCGUGCCAGCACAACUGUCAAAAUGUUCCAGGCAGUUAUACAUGUAGUUGCAAUUCAUGCUACACAAAAGUUGGUACCAGGUGUCAACUGCGACAGUGCCGUAUUGGUGGUAAAUGUUAUACCUACGGUAGAGUGAAUCCCGGGAAUCAGUGCCAGGUAAUAAACCGUAUAGACUAUUUUAUCCAGUUAUCAGUUUUAAAUAGUUCAUGAUCAUCCCAUAAAGAUCCAAUGUUACUACAGGAAUAACCCAAACUAAACUUUAUAUAUUUAUUUAGUCCUGGAGGGCCUAUACUUACAUUUUUCGCAACUGCUCCUGUCUAAAUAAAUGAGUAAAAUUCACACUUGGAAUUUCGAUUUACAAAACCCUUUAACUUUGUUUGUGUGAUGUUACUCUGAGUGUGUAUCCACACCGGGCAGGCUUGAAAAAUAUGCCUGGCCACGGCGGGAUUCGAACCUACGACCUUUGGAAUAUUCCAAAGGUCGUAGGUUCGAAUCCCGCCGUGGCCAGGCAUAUUUUUCAAGCCUGCCCGGUGUGGAUACACACUCAGAGUAACAUCACACAAACAUCUUAUUCACCUGAGUACAUUACACCAACACAGCAGAUUUCCCUUUAACUUUAUUCAUACUAUACUGGGUACAUACUGUUAUAUAUCUGCAAACAAGUUGUAACAAGCUUGAUGGCUUUAUCAGACUUGUUACAAGGUUGUUCUAACAAGUCUGAUACAAUCAUGAUAUAACAAAAAUGUUACAAGGUUGACGACAUAAGGUUGUAACAAUAUUGUCACAUGAUGACUUCAUUGGACUUGUUGGAACAACCUUGCUGAUAAUAUCAACAAGGUUGUUAAAAGUUGUUCAAAAACUCAUUAAUAAUUCAGCAGCAAAACACAAAGAAAAAUCAUAAGCGUGUCUUGGUUUUAUAUGUGAUAAAAAAUCACGUUAAUUUACAUAAACUUUAGCUUUGAUUUUCUCGGUUUAUACAAAGUUUAUUUUAAAAAUUACUUCGCCAAUGAACUCGUGUAAGAUGAGUCGUUUUUGAAGCUAUUUAAAGCACUUGUAGUCGUGUUUUAUCACAUAUAAAACACUCCGCUACGCGUCGUGUUUAAUAUGUGAUAAAACACUCCUACGCGUGCUUUAAAUAGUACUACAGCUUGUUCCAAACUUGUUGACAACUUGGGACAAGCAGUGCAAACACAACUUGUUGACGGCUUGUUGGCAGACUUGCUACAAGAUGUGAGAUUUUACGCGUGUACAACCUUGUUGAUAUUAUUUGCAAGGUUGUUCCAUCAAGUCCGAUACAGUCAUGAUAUAACAGUAUUGUUACAACCUUGUGUCGUCAACCUUGUAAUAUUCUUGUUAUAUCAUGACUGUAUCAGUCUUGUUAGAACAACCUUGCAACAAGUCUGAUAAUGCCAUCAAGUUUGUUACAAGUUGCUAACAGCUUGUUCCAAACUUGUUACAACAACUGGGAACAAGAAGUGCGAACACGACUUGUCGACAGCUUGUGAACAGAUUUGUAACACCUCGUUUGCAGACCUGUAACAAGCUGUGCGUUUUACGUGUGUAUUUCUAUCAAUGCUAAUCUGUUCUCUUGUAAAUUUCUAUGUCUAGGAUUGCCAAAAAGGGCGAGAGACCGCAUGGACCAACAAUAAUGCGCUCUCUUGCAGUGAUGGCAAAUUAUGUACGAGGAAUGAUCGAUGCGUGAACGGCGCAUGCAAAGGAACCCCGUUCACGUGCAGAUCAUGUGAAAGCUGUGAUGGUAAUGGAUGCCAGAUCAAGCCUGGUUUCUGUGUGAUCGAUGGAAAAUGUUACACAAAUGGGAAUAUUCGGCCAGGAAAACCAUGCCAGGUGAGCGGGUCGUAUUCAAAGCACGGGUAUGUGUGUUGGUAGGUUGAUAGGUGGGUAGAUGGGUGGGCAGGUAGGUGGGUAGGUAGGUAGGUAGGUGGGUAGGGGGUGGGUGGGUGAGUAGGUGGGUGAGUAGGUGGGUGGGUAGGUGGGUGGGAAGAUUGAGACUUUAUGAUCCAAUUACAAGGUUUGCUCAAAAUGAAUUAUAACAUUUAUUCUUCCAGCAAUGCAACAGUAACAACCCAAAAAGAUGGACGGCAAACAACAACCUCAAAUGUAGUGAUAAUAACGUGAAGACAAGAAAUGAUCGUUGUAUCAAUGGGGACUGUAGUGGACAGCCAUACACGUGUCUAUCAUGCCAAGAUCACUACAACGACGCGUGCAGGCUAAAGUCUGGAUACUGUAUCAUCAAGACCAACAAUGUGGACACAUGUUACCGCGCGAAUACGGCAAAACCCGGGAACCCAUGUCAGGUAGGGUGAAAAACAGUUUAAUUCUUUCAAAAUUUGCGUCUCGUUUACAUCGCGCGAAGCGAAAAACAAAAUAAAAAUUAGAGAAUGUGAUUGGCUAUAAGGCCAGAAGUCACGGACAAAAUUAUUCUAUUUCCUUAUACUAAUUUGCAUAUCAUCGAUGCAUAACCCGUUGAAAUAUGGUUUCUGCAGUAAACUGUAAAUUAUAUUACGCGAUGCUGUAAGUCGCAAAAUCAGGGAAUACGGU